UCAAGUAGUUCCAUAUAAAGGCUAAGAAUUAUUAGCAGCCUAAUAAUCAAGAAUACCAAAAUUAACUUUUCAACAAAACACAUAGGAUGCAGAAAAACAAUAAAUAUUAUAAUACCAUUAUGUGCCCAAACAAGUAAAAAAAAUUAAAUGAUAAUAAAAAAAAUAAAAAAUAGGCUAAAAGGGUAAAAUAAACUGUGAAAUUGACUAAAACAAAAAAUAAUGAAGGAAAUAAAAUGAUUAAUAAUUAUAUAUUAAUUGGUAAUUUAGGAUAAGGUGCAUAUGGUAAAGUUGCUUUAGCAGUAAAAAAAAUAAACGAAAAUGAAGAAUAAAAAUUUGCUAUAAAAAUAUUUAAAAAAAGUUUUCUAAAAAAAAAACGUGAAUAUUAUCGAGAUAGUACCGGAGUAAUGAAAUUCAAAGAUGCGUUAGAUAAUGUAAAAAGAGAAAUCGCAAUAAUGAAAAAAUUAAGACAUUUAAAUGUUAUUAAACUAUAUGAAGUUAUUGAAAAUCCAGAUAAUGAUAAAUUAUAUAUGGUACUUGAAUUUGCUUAAGGUGGUUAAAUAAUAGAAUGGGAUGACGAUGAUAAAAAAUUUUUUUUUUGCAACUAAAAAUAAAAUGAACCAUUAUCAGAAGAUUAUUUAAGAAAUAUAUUUAGAGGAUGUAUUAAAGGAUUAUUUUAUUUACAUUCAAGUGGUAUUGUACAUAGAGAUAUAAAACCAUAAAAUAUUUUACUUGAUAAAUACGGAAACCCGAAAAUGGCUGAUUUUGGUGUUUCUGCUAUAUCUGAUAAAGGAGAUAACUUAUAAGGAAAUGAGGGCACUUAUUUUUUUAUGCCUCCUGAAGCUUUAAAUAAAGAAAGUGCUAAAAAAGGAUAUAGUGGUAAAAAAGCUGAUAUAUGGGCUUUGGGAGUUACUUUUUUUUCUUUUGCUUUCCUUUAGUUACCAUUUUAUGGAAACAAUUUAUUAGAAAUAUUUUAAACUAUUAUAGAUUAAUAAUUAGAAUUUCCAACACAUAGAUAAUGCUCAGAUGGACUUAAAAAUUUUUUAUUAUUAAUGAUAGAAAAAAGCCCAGAAAAAAGAUCAACAUUAAUUGAAAUUUCAAAAUCAGAAUGGAUAAAUUAAAAUCAAUAAGAUGAUCUUUCAACACAAUUGUAAAAUAUUAUAAUUAUUAAAUAUAUAAAAAAAAAAAGAAUAGAAAAUAAAAUAGUAGAAGUAAAUGAUGAAGAUCUGGAUAAUGCUUUAUAAAUAUCUACAGUUAUAAGAAUUAAAGCUUGGGUUUAAAGAUGGAAAGCUAAUACAAAUGCUAGAAAUUCGAAUGAUAGAAGUAUUGAUUCAAAAAGCGUAGGUUAUAUAAAUAAAGCAAAUUCAAUCGAUAAUUAAUGUUCUUAAGAAUUAAAAAAUGAUUUAAAAGUUGGUGGUAUUUCUAAAUUUGGUCUAAAAAGUUAAUCUAAUCAAAUUAACUUAUAAUAAGAAGAUGAAGAUUAGUGA